UCUUCCACCCGCGGCGACGGCCCAGCGGGGACUAUGAUGCCGCGACGCUGCCACUCUUCUUGCGGCGGGUGAGUCGGAAAGGGCCUUUCGAUGUCUCAUGGGCUCCGGAAGCCGGAGGUGACGUCGCCUUACGACCGGGAGCUGUUCCGCCGAGAGCCGUUUUGUGGGGGAAGUUUCGUCCUUCGGCAGCGAGUGCCGCGCCGCCAGCUGGAGCGUCGCCAUGGCGCAGCGGCCCUUCCACGUCGGUCCGGCCGCCGUGACGAACACCAUCCCGGCGCUUCACCUCGACCUCGAGUCCUACGCAUCCCCCGCUUACCCGACGCCCUUCGUGCAUAUCGUCCGCUGGAGCAAGCUGUGGGGCUGCCUGCCUGUCUCCUAUGCCCGCAAUAGCCGCUCGUGGACCCUCUCGCCCCUGCUGGUCUUCUGGGUCGUGUGCAAUAUCGGCUUCAAUAUUCCGACCUUCUACGACUGCAUUAAGUCGUCCUUGGGCUCGGACGGCCUCAUGCUCUACGUCAUGAUCAUGAUCGUGUGCGUCAUGAGCGUCUCGGGGGUGUCAAUGCACGUCCUCUCCCUCGUCCACUACAGCGAGUGGGUCAAGUUCCUCAACGACUGGAUGCUGUUCGAGCGCAAGUUCCCGACGCUGACGGUCGGCGUCCACUCCCGCCGGGUGGCGCUCCCCCUCUUCGUCGGCUUCCUCCUCUACAUCGCCUUCUUCGUGGUAAACAUCUUCAACGAACUGAGGUUCAACCUGAUCAACGAGGACGGCGUGGGGCGCAUGCUGUCCCUCGUCUACGUCUACGUCAUCUACAGCUACACCCUCUCCAUGCCCGUGCUGUGGGUGGUCAUGGCCUCCAAGGUGUUCGCGCUGUGCCUCACGCACAUCCGCCACGAGCUCGAGUCGAUCCUGGAGUGCGUCAAGUUCGGCAUGCGCUGCACGACGUCGCCCAUCCAGAAGUGCAUCGCCACCGGGGACAUCAACCGCCUGCAGGAGGCCGUCCUGGACCUCGCCAAGAUCAUCGAGAGCUUCAAGGUGAUCAUGGGCCCCUUCAUGCUGGUGGUCGUCCCACACCACAUCAUCUCCCUCAUCUGCUUCCUCUACUGGACGCUCGUGUCGGUCCUCGACUACAGCGACUGGUACUACCCCUUGAGCUUCGGCCUGCUCUCGGCCCAGGCCAUCGCGCCCAUCUUCUGCGCCGCCAUCUACAGCGAGGACAUUCACACACAGAAGGAUUCCCUGGUCGAGCCGCUCAUUAUCCUCAAGAGUUCGAUGCCUGAUGAAGCGGCCAAGCACAAAAUGGCAACACUGAUCGACCACCUGGAUCGACUCGACGCCCAGAUCGAAGGCCGAGGUUUCUUUACGCUCAACAAGGGCAUGGCGACCUCGGUAAGACUGAAGGAGGACGGAGAAAUAAUUCAAGUUUUAUGCUCUAAGGUCGAUGUUAAUUGCGUGGUUAAGUUCUUGUAUGUGACUUUUGAUUAAUUAAUUUAUAUAUUUAUUUAUUAUUUUUUUUUUAUAUAGGUUUUUAUAUGAUGUUUCAAAUUGAUCACGAUGAUGGUUAAUGAAUGCUCGUAUGUGAAGCUUACGGAUGGGUUUAGGGAUAAGCUGUUAUAUUAAGCUCUUGGGGAAGUUUCGUAAGAAAAAGUUCUUAUAUUAAGCUCAUAAUUGGGUUUAUGACUGAAUUGAUAAUGAAGUCUAUGUU